AUGCACUGUGUCUUGGGACUUCUUUGUAAAGGGGGCUUUCUAAGUGUAAAUGGCUGGUGGUCUGACACAAACUGCGAUUUACACAAUAGAAAUUUAUUAUCUCUUAUUUCUGAGGAAUCUGAAGAGUCUCAGAUCAAGGAUCCCUUUGGCUUUAUGCCUGAGUUAUCAUCUCUUCAGGGAGAGCAAAGGAUGGAAAGCAUGAAUGAAAGAAAUAGUGAGAGGGACGCAGGAAAAGGCAGCAGGAGGAGGUGCUUUUCAAAGAGACAAAAUAAUUUAGCAGAGAAACUUUUACUCAGGAUACCACAUCCAGACAUAAUUUUGCCAAAGAGCAAAGCUCUCAUUAUGAGAUGUUGGAUUUUGAAUGAGGUUCUCUCAUUCAUAGUAGUGCUCUUGUGGCUGGGAGUGAAUUUAUAUCUGUUUAUUGACACUUACUACUGGUAUGAAGAGGAAGAAGCUUUCCAUUACACAAGAGUUAUUCUUGGUUCAACACUGGCUUGGGCUCGAGCAUCUGCAGUGUGCCUGAACUUCAACUGCAUGCUAAUCCUAUUACCCGUCACCCGAAACCUUAUUUCAUUCAUGAGAGGGACGUGUAUGUACUGUCGAGAGCCAUGGAGGAGACAAUUAGACAAAAACCUUAAUUUCCACAAACUCAUUGCUUAUGGGAUAGCGAUCAAUGCAAUUAUCCAUAUUGUGGCACAUUUGUACAACCUGGAGCGUUACCAUGCUAGCCAGUCAGCAGAAGUGAAAGGACUUGUGGCUGCACUUUCUAAACUUGGCAACAUCCCAAAUGAGACUUACCUCAACCCCAUACGAACCUUCCACAUGAACCCAAGCACUGCAUUGAUAACGACAGUGGCAGGUGUUACUGGCCUGGUGAUCACUCUAACUUUCAUCCUGAUCUUAACCUCCUCCACUGAGCCCAUCAGGCAGGCCUCCUAUGAGCUGUUUUGGUACACACACCAUAUUUUCAUCAUCUUCUUUAUCAGCUUGGCUCUCCACGGGGCAGGUCGGAUUGUUCGAGGCCAAACAUUAGAGAGUCUAUUACUCCACAAUGUGACCCGCUGUCAGGAGUGCUAUACUGAGUGGAAAGCAAAUGCCUCGUGUCCCACUCCUCAGUUUGCUGGCAAGGAGCCGUCGACUUGGAAAUGGGUGUUGGGCCCAGUGGUCUUGUAUGCCUGUGAAAGAAUAAUUAGGUUCUGGCGAUUUCGACAAGAAGUUAUCAUUAUCAAGGUGCUGAGCCACCCAUGUGGUGUCCUGGAACUUCACAUGAGGAAGAAAAAUUUCCACAUGGCACCAGGCCAGUACAUCCUGCUCCAGUGCCCAGACAUCUCUGCACUAGAGUGGCACCCCUUUACCCUCACCUCAGCGCCCCACGAAGACUUCUUUAGUGUGCACAUCCGAGCAGUGGGAGACUGGACAGAAGCUCUGUGUCAGGCCUUUGGGGUGGGGAUUCAGAUUCUUCAGAAUCCCUGGAGUCUGCCAAGGCUAGCUGUGGAUGGGCCAUAUGGUGCACCCCUGACCGAUGUGUUUCACUACCCAGUGAGCAUGUGCAUCGCUGCGGGGAUCGGGGUCACUCCUUUCGCUGCUCUUUUGAAAUCUCUCUGGUACAAAUGUGAGUCCCAAAGCCCGCUGAAGCUGAGAAAGGUCUAUUUCUACUGGAUUUGCCGGAAUCCGAAGGCUUUUGAGUGGUUUGCUGAUCUCUUACUAUCUCUGGAAACAAGCAUGAGUGAGCUUGGAAAAGCUUACUUUCUGAGCUAUCACAUAUUUCUGACAGAAUGGGACGAAAACCAGGCUAUUUAUAUAGCUCUACACUGGGAUGAAAAUACUGACGCAAUUACCGGGUUAAGGCAGAAAACCUCCUAUGGAAGGCCCAACUGGAACAAGGAGUUUCAGCAGAUGACCUUCAACCACCCUGGCAGAAACAUCGGCGUGUUCUUCUGUGGACCCAAAGGUCUUUCACAGACCCUUCAAAAGAUGUGCCGCUUGCAUUCAUCAGCUGACCCCAGGGGUGUGCAUUUUUACUACCAUAAGGAAAGCUUCUAG